UCCUUGUAGGAACUAUUGUCAGCGUCGGUAAUCCACGCCGGAGGAGCUCCAGGAGGUUGCAGAGGCGCUGUUAGGUUAACAUAAUGGGGAAGAUUGAGUGGGCGAUGUGGGCUAAUGAGCAGGCUUUGGCGUCGGGUCUAAUUCUCCUCACAGGAGGAAUCGUAGGCGUUGCUGGACAGUUCAGAGGGUGGCAGUUUGCUGCUUAUGCAGUUGCUGCUGGGGUGUUUGUGUGUCUACUUGAGUAUCCCAGAAGCAAGAGGGCCAAGGGCACGAGUGUGGAGAGAACGGGCCAGUACUGCUUCACUGUGUGUGUAAAAGCCUUUGGACCACUGACCAGGAAUUACUAUGUCAGGGCAUUCUUACAUGCUGCCAUCUGUGUACCUGGAGGUUUUAUGCUUGCCACUGUUCUCGGAUGUGUCUGCCUUGGCAUUGCCAGCCUCAUCUACCUUGCAGCCGCUAUACGAGGCGAGCAUUGGGAGCCCAUUCUUCCACGGAAGGAGACCCGAAAACCAGUUGCAGAGAGCAUCAAGAAUCCUCCUCAGAAUCCACCACCUAGACCUCCUCCAGAGAUGCGCAGGAAACAAGCAGGCGACCUUGAAAAAUCCGCCUAUGACAACCCCAUGUCUGUUACUGAUGAUGAAUAAGCAGUAUAGCUUCAAUCAAUAACCAGUUACAGUUGGAGUUUACUGGAUUGUGUAACUCUGGAUGAACAACGUUUUUCUGAAGUUUAGUGUUUCUGUUGACUGGGCAACAAGUUAGACACACACCUCCUUACCUCAACUUGGAGAAAAAUGGGAGGAGAAAAUGAAGGAAAUAAUUUGUUCAACGAAGAAAGAAAAAUCAGACAACAGAAUAUAAAUGUAAACACUGUAGCUGCUAAGUGUCAUCCGCUAAUAAAUAUUGUCAAUUUGUUUUAAGUUUUUCUGCAUCCAAAAUAAUUACACCGUGUUUUAACCCUUUACGUAUUUCUUAAAAAGCAGCUCAUCCCAAUGCUGUUUAACAGGAAUAAAUGGACCUGCUGGUUUUGACUGUAUCUGGCUGACAUUAAGCCAUUUAUUAAACUUUUUGCUAGCAUUUUCACUGUGUUGUAAAUAAACUCCUUUUAUCCUUUGACUCAUUA